GUGUCUUUUAAGAUGAGGUGUGGCUCAGUAACGGAUGUUUGAAAAUAUGAGAAGAGAAAUUUUUUGGUUUUGUAUUAUUACGUCAUCACUCUCUGUAGUCAUCAGUAUAGAAUGUCCACAAGGAUGGGAGCCUGUUCUUGAAUCAUGUUAUAAGUUCACUCGUGCCCCACCAAAAGACUUAAAAAGUGCUAAAGAAAAAUGUUUGGCCUAUAAUGCCCAUUUAGUAUCAGUGAAUACUAUUGAAGAGCAUAGUUAUAUUGCUAACUAUCUUAGUCUAAAUGAUCCUCAACACCGAAGAUGGUUUACAAGUGGUCGAGAUGAAGGAAACAACUUAUGGGUAUGGGACGGAGAUCAAACUCAGUUUACUAAUGUUGAUGCCUUAUGGCUACCAGACCAGGAAAAGGAACUAUGGAAAUAUCUGGCAUACAAUUACUCUCAAAAAACGAACAGUUGGGGUCUAGCCAAGGUGUCAUCUUCAGAAGAAUUAGCCUAUAUUUGUGAAGUUCAUCAAGAAGAUCUUAAUGAAAUAGUCAUUAUGGACAGAAGCAUUGAUUAUGGUAUUAUUGUGAAUGACAAGAGAAAACUUCCAAAAGGACCAUUUUUCAUUCAGGAACCAGAAGAUGCUGUUUUUGAUCUUAGUGGAAGAAAUCAAGUGAACUACAUCUCCCUUCGUUGUGUUGCUGGAGGAUAUCCUCCACCAACUUACACAUGGUAUAAGGAAGAAUAUAAAAGGGAUAAUCUUGUGAAUCAGGCUAUAGAUCCACUGUCUGACUACCGUUACACACAAACUGAUGGUAUCUUAAUCAUAAGUGAUCCCAAUCAAACCAAAGACCGAGGAAAGUAUCAUUGCUCUGCCACCAAUAAAUUUGGAACAGUUAUUAGUCAAACUGUGCAUUUGAGUUUUGGAUUCAUUGGAGAAUUCAACAAAAAGAGAUCACCAGACUAUGGCAGAGAAUACUGGGGAAAGUCAAUUACUUGUGACCCUCCACAACAUUAUCCAGAAGUGAAUUAUUACUGGACCAGAAACACAUUUCCUAAUUUUGUGGAAGAAGAUCAGCGAGUAUUUGUAUCCAGGGACGGCAACCUCUAUUUUUCUAACAUGGAGAAGAUUGACAGAGCCAACUAUUCUUGUAAUGUUCAAAGUGUCAUUUCCUCUACUGGAAGAACUGGACCCUUUUUUCCUUUAAGAGUUGAACCAGCUUCAAGUGGACAGAAGUUGCUGUUCCCUAACACUUUUCCGAAGUCAUUUCCAGAAGCUCCUUUGGCAGGACAGAAUGUUAGACUGGAAUGUGUUGCUUAUGGAUAUCCUGUUCCCUUCUAUAAUUGGACUCGUGAUGGGUCAUCCAGAAGUCUACCACAGGGUUCUUAUAUGAUAAACUAUAAUCGUGUUCUUAUCAUUCCAAACAUACGAGUGGAGGAUAUGGGAAACUAUAUAUGUGUUGCCAGUAGUGGUAUUGAAUCUAUACAAAAAGCUGUCUCUCUUAGUAUACAAGCACGUCCUCAGUUUACAAUAAAUCUGGAUGACAAAGUGAUGGAUACUGGGAGUACCUUAACAUGGACUUGUGAAGCUUUUGGAAUACCAGAUGUUACUUACAGUUGGUGGAAGAAUGGGCAGGAACUCCUCGUUGAUCAGUUGAUGCCCUCUGACAUCACCCGAUACUAUAUUUUUGAGAAUGUUCUAACAAUUGAAAACCUGAUUGUAGAAAGAGAUGAGGGCAUGUAUCAGUGUAAAGCCACAAAUCAACUAGGUUCCACAUACUCCACAGGACAAUUACGAAUUAUUACCUUAAGUCCAACUUUUGAAAAGUAUCCUCUAGAGCAAGAGAUGUAUGCAGGAGAAGGAGGAAAUGUUACAAUUCCUUGUCGUCCUGAAGCUGCUCCUAAACCCAAGUUUACCUGGAUGCACAAUGGUGUUGUAUUAAGUGGUAAUGGUCGUAUUCAAUUACUGGAUAAUGGAUAUCUUUAUAUCAGUUCUGUACAACGUGGAGAUGAGGGGCAGUAUACUUGUGUUGCAAAAAAUCCCCUGGGUUCAGACAAGAGCUCUGGAAACUUGCUUGUUUUACCUAAACCAAGACUUCUUGAAUCACCUCGUCCAAAAGUUGUUGCACAAGUUAAUGAGUCAAUACAACUCCCAUGUGAAGCAUAUGUUAGUGAUAUUCUAGACCUGGCUUACAUUUGGUUACAUAAUGAACUGCGUAUUGACUUUAAAGAGAGGCCAACAAUAACUGUGGGAAGUCAGCCUGGGAUUCUCAGGAUCCACAAUAUCAGUCUUGCUGAUGCAGGAAUUUACCACUGUUUGGCUAAGACAUCUGUUGGAAAGAUAAUGUCAUCUACAGAACUUCUGGUCAUAGGUCCACCAGGAGCACCAGGUGCUGUGCUAGUUGAAGAUCUGACUGCUACAUCUGGACGGGUUCAAUGGGCUGAUGGUUCAAAUAAUGGAAGGCGAAUUCUCACUUACUCUGUGGAAGGCAGAACCAAUCAUGACAGUGCCUGGGUACUGCUGGCAAGCAAUAUCACAACUUGGGAAAGGCUUCAAGGCAGUGACAGAAAAGAAUAUCACAUGAAAGAUGUCCUCUCACCUUGGAGUACAUAUGAAUUUCGAGUUUUAGCUACAAACAAACUAGGAGAAGGACCUCCAAGUCUGCCAAGUCCACAGUACAAUACCAAAAUGGAUAAGCCUCAUGUAUCUCCUUAUGAUGUUGGAGGCGGAGGUGGCAAUACUGGAAGUCUCACCAUUACCUGGCAUCCUCUUCCACCCCAACAAUGGAAUGCUCCCCACAUAUGGUAUAAAGUGUAUUAUAAACCAGCAGAUUCUGAUAUUGAAUAUCGAGUUAAAGACCUCAGAGAGCUUGGAAAUAUUGGCUUAUAUGCUGUUCAAGUGGGUGAAGAAAAUUUCUACAAACCAUAUCAUGUUAAAGUUCAAGCUCUCAAUUCACAAGGCGCUGGUCCAGAAAGUCCUGUAGUUAAAGUCUAUUCUGCAGAGAGCAUGCCACAGGUCCAACCAAGCCAAGUUAAGGCUUUACCUUUCAACUCAACAGCUCUGAAUGUGUCAUGGGCUCCAAUAGAUCAUACAAGGGAGAAACUGAGAGGCAAAUUAAUAGGCUACAGAAUAAAAUAUUGGAAGGAAAAUGAAAACCCACAGAGAGAUUCAUUGACUUUGCUGAAGAGAGGACAAGAACCAUGGGGUCUUAUUGUGGGGCUGCAGCCUGACAUGAAGUAUUAUGUGGCUGUAAUGGCAUAUAAUGAUGCUGGUAGUGGUACAGAGAGUGAACCCUUUCUUGCAAGAACAUUCAAAGCAGCACAAGAAGGGAUAUAUCUUCGGACUAGAUCAGAUGGUAGACUCUUCAAUCUUGCACGCCUGAAUGCGAGGACAAAGGUUCGUGAAGUACUCGUUAGGGACAUGCUGUUUGCUGACGACGCUGCAGUUGCGACUCACACCGAACGGGAACUGCAACUGCUGAUGGACCGCUUCUCGCAGGCCUGCCAAGAAUUCGGACUAACCAUCAGCCUGAAGAAGACGAAUGUCCUGAGCCAGAACACACUGGCACCACCAGUCAGAGAGGCUGUCAGUAAUGGUAGAGCCAAGGUAGAUAAACUGGUGAACGACAUCGAGCUCAUAGUCAUCGAUAUUGAACUUGAUGCUGAGAUCGACAGGAGGAUUGGAAAGGCAACCACGAUACUUGCUCGCCUUACGCCAAAAGUGUGGACAAACUCUAAGCUGACCGUGAAGACGAAGAUGUCUGUGUACAGUGCCUGUGUUCUCAGCACCCUUCUAUAUGGCAGCGAAACGUGGACUACUUAUGCCAGCCAAGAGAAAAGACUGAAUACCUUCCACCUCAGAACCCUACAACGCAUACUUGGUAUCUCCUGGCAAGACAAGGUAACUAACACCGAUGUCUUGUCUCGUACGAACCAAUCUACCAUGUACACUCUGUUAUGA